GUUUGGGCACCACAAUGAGUGAGAACAAAUAUUUUUUUUAAACAAGAAAAUAUGUAAAUUGUGGGGAGAAUUUUUCAUCGAGGGAAAGAUUCUCAUGUUUUCGUGGACAUUUCAUCGGUCGAUUCAGGUUACUAUGAUAAACUGUCCCCUAGUCCUCUGUCCUAAUUUCCAAUAACCUGUCAUAACUAGGCCAUGUGUGCUAAAGGCGCCCUCUGCAGGGGAUAUGGUAGAUCAAGUGGAACGGUUAGACUAUUUGGUUGGUUUGGUAUGGGACGCGUGGAAUUUGAGGAGCACAAACUGAUUCAUGCCACAAGUUGUGAUGCGUUUCGUUUAUUUGUUUCUGCAUUAGCUUACCUCAUUCUUAGCAGUUAAAAAAAUUGUAUUAUGACAAUCACAGCACUAGGCAUUUUCAUUCACAAAGACCUCUCCCCUGGGUCAAUUUAUCACAGAUUGACAGACCAGACUCACCAAUAUUCAAAGCGGGCGCUGUCUAGAGCACCGCCUACUGCUAUGUGCUCAACCAAUACCUGUAUUCCCUCUAGCAGGGCUGGGUGGUUCGUUUGACAUCGGUCACAAAGGUAACAGGUUGGAGCUGCAUAUAACGAACUUAUCUGCCUGUCUCGAAAAAUGGAUAUACGCUGCUUUUUCAGAAGUAUUUUCAGCCUGAUUUAAACAUUGUUUUUAUUAACACCAAGUAAAACAACAGAAGAGGACUCGAAAAUAAAUUGAUGAAUUGUACUACUUUGGCCAAAUAGCAGUAUGAGUACUCCGUCGUCAGGUCGUAAGAGCCCCGUGGACUACGGGGUUCAGAUCCGCUUCAUCAGCGACUCUGGAGGGGGGAUCCCCUCAACCCAGCCCAGACCCAAGCCCCCCUCCACUUCGAAGUACGGGGUGGCUGUCAGGGUCCAGGGCAUCGCCGGACAGCCCUAUGUGGUUCUGAAGGACGGGGGCCCGAAGGGAGAUUCGUACGGGGUGCAGCUCCGUACCCACUACCCCCCGGGUUGCAGCAGUCUGCCCCGCAGGAGAGACAGAGAGGAGGGAGGGGGGCAGGGAGGAGCGGGAGAGGGGGGAGGAGGAGGGCAGGGAGGGGCGCUACGCAGGGCACAGUCACAUGGUUCAUUACUGGAGAGUGAGGGGGGAGGAGGAUUUGGGAGACCACCAGGGGAUGGGAGGUCUGGUAGCUAUGGGAACCUGGAUGGAGGGAUUGGGGUCGCGGAAGAGAGAACGGAUGGAGGAGGGGUGAGGGAGGGGGGUAUGGAGAGCAAUGUAAUGUGUGGGUCGUAUCAGUCCGGGCUCAAUGGGUCACUGGGGAGGGGAGGGGGGAGUCAGUAUGCCCUUGACCUCCAUCCUUCCCAAACAGUGCAGCCCCCCCUGACCACGGCAAACCCCCACCCCCAGACCACCCCUUACCCAGCACAGCCCCACCGCCAGAACCCUGUCAACAGACUGAUCAGCAGGUUUGACGGCAGCAGCAGUACCAGAGGACAACUGAGGGGGCGCUCUCCUGUAGCAGAGGACCCUAGAGACACCACCUCCCCUUCCCACGCCCCCAACCCCUACUCCUCCCCUCCCUCCUCCACUCACUGCAGCCUGGGGCAGGGCCAAGGCUCCGUCGGCAAGGCAAUGGUCCAACCAGCCAAUCCGUGGGCUCCGCCAGGGAGGUUUGUCGCUGUGGAGAUGCCGUCAGCCAAUCGGACAGACCCUCUGGUGACCCCUGACCUUCUGCUUCAGAGUUCAGAGGUCACCAGUGAGGAGGAGCAGGUCAUGCAGACCAUCUACAACAUCCUCAGAGAAGGGACUAGUGAGAGUGACUCGAUCAUCAGACACAAAGUCAGGGUGAUUUUCCAGAAGAUCCAGGGACUCAAGCCCGGUGAGAGCUCUGGUGAGGAGUGGAGGAGAGAAAAGAGGGAUCUGGAGAGGAAGAUGAUGGAGCUACAGACCUCCCUACAGGAGGAGAGGAGGGGCUCUGUGGGCAGGUCUGAUCCUGUGUUAAAGGCAGAGCUGGAGUCAUGUCUGGAUGAGAACAUGCAGCUCCAGGAGACUCUGGACAGGAAGAAGACUGAACUACACCAGACACACUCAGAGCUGAGUCAGUUGCGUAUGGAGAGAGAGAGUGCUGAGUCCAGAGUCAGAGAGAUGGAGGACCAACUGGUUGAACUGCAGGAGGAGCUGAGGAGAGAGGAUGGCAACAAGACGGACCUGGUGACGUGCCAAGCGUCUCUGUCUGAGGUGUCCAUGUUGAAGCAGAAGCUGGAGGAUUCUCUGAGACAGAGAGAGAGGGAGCUGACAGCCCUGAAGGGAGCUCUGAAGGACGAGGUGGCCACGCACGACAAAGAGAUCGAGACGCUCCGAGAACAGUACAGCACUGACAUGGAGAGACUGAGGAGUACCAUGGAGCAGGUGUCACAGUCUCAGGCGGGUAUCGAGGCAGAGCGGUUGCGUGUGAAUGCGUCAGUGCGUACUCUACAACAGCAGCUGGAAGACUGCAGGGACGAGAGUGGCCACUGGAUGGAGCAGUUUCACAGUACUAGAGAUGAACUACGGACCACCAAACAGGAGAUACUGCAGGCUCGUCUGGAGAAAGAGGAGCUUGAGGAAGAGCUGAAUGAACUACAGGAGAGAGUCAACACCAUGAAACAGCAGAUACCAGACCCCAGUCAUACACACACACUCAACCAGGAGCUGCAGAGUUUGCGUGCCGAUCUGCAGCAGGCCCAAUCAGAGGUAGAGAAGAAAAGGGCGGAGCUCGAUAAAAAGGUAAUGGAGGUAAUCUCCCUGAAGAAGGCCAACCAGGAGCAGGAGGCGGAGCUGAAGUAUGAGAUGGACAGGCUGAGGGACCAAUCAAAUCGAGCCAAAGAGGAUCUGGCCAAGGCCCAGGAGAAAACCAAACGGCUCCCUGACCCGUCGGUAGUGUCUGGCCUGCAGUCAGAGCUGACUGAUGCUCAUGGGGAGAGAGUUAGACUGGGAGAGAAACUCUCCAGCACUGAGCAGGAGCUGCAGACCAACACAGAGCGGCUGGCCAGAACCCAGACAGAACUAAACGCUCUCAGAGACUCACAGCAGGAGCAGGAGGAGGCUAACACACGCCUCCGAGAGAAACUCUCAUGCCUGGAGGCCCAGCUGGCGUCCAGUGCGUCAGAGAGUUCGGAGGCAGAGCUGUCCCUCCAGGCGGAGUUGAGGGGGCUGAGGCAGGAGCUUGACGAGGCCAGGAGAGGAGCCUCUCGGCUGGGCCAGGACCACCGGCAGCUCAGCCUGCGUCUGGAGGAGAGGGAGAAGGAGAGGGACCAGCUCACACACACCAACACACAGCUGGAGGAACAGAGGAGACAGCAGGAGCGGUCCCUGGACAAACUCAAUAAGGAGUUUGAGUCUCUGUCCCAGUCGUCUGGUGAGGAGGUGCAGGUUCUCAGGGCCCAGCUGGAGGAACAGAGAGAGAGAUCUCGCAGGGAGAUACAGGAGGCCCAGAGGCAGGGCAACGACAGACUGGUAGAACUGGAGAGGAGCCAGACCUCCCUCAAGACACUGGAGGAGGAGGCGUCCCGUCAGAAGAAGGAGCUGCUCUCUGUGGUUGAGGAGAGAGACAAUGCUCAGCUGGACAAGGAGCUGCUCACCAACCGCCUGCACCACCUAGAGGCUGAACUGGAGAACAGCAGGAGCAGCCUCACAGACAAGAGCAGGGAGCUCCGCAGCACAGAGGACAAGAUGAAACGACUGGAGCUGGAGCUGGAGGAGGAGAAGGGAUCUGUGGAGCUACUCACUGACAGAGUGAACAGGACAAGAGACCAGAUAGAGCAGCUGCGUUCAGAGCUGAUGCAGGAGAGAUCCUCCAGACAGGACCUGGAGCUGGACAAGAAUGCCCUAGAAAGACAUAUGAAGGAGUUGAAGACCAGAGUAUCUGAUAUGGAGGGUCAGUCUCGUUCCUCAGUAGGAGUGGCUCAGCUGGAGAGUAAAGUUCACGAGUUGGAGGAACGCCUCCACAGCGAGGAUAGGGAGAAGAACUCCAUGUUGUCGUCUCAGCGUCGCCUGGAGAAGAAACUGAAGGAGCUCAACUUUACACUGGAGGAAGAGAGACAACAACACACAGAGCAGCGAGACCAGCUGUCUCUGCGUGUGAAGGCUCUGAAGAGACAGGUGGAUGAGGGGGAGACAGAGGUAGAGAGGAUGGAGGGAUUGAGGAGGAAGGCCCAGAGAGAGAUGGAGGAACAGAUUGAACUGAAGGAGGCCUUACAGGGCAGAGUCACCGCGCUGGAGACUGAGCUCAAGAGGAAGGUGCAGCAGGCGCAGCGUCAGGCCCUGGACUCGUCGGCUCUGAGCUCUGAGGAAGAAGAUGAUGAAGGCCUGUACGACACCUCCAGCAUCACCUCCAUCCUCACUGGGAGCAACCUACACACCAGCUCCUGCUAGAGGGAGGGGGGUGUAAUGGUGGUGCUAGUGGUAGUGGUGGUAGUAGUAGGAUAAAAAGGGGGUAUUCUGAGCACUAUAGAGAAAGGGAGAUGGAGGAUAGAGGGAAGGAGGGAGGGAGGUGGAUUAAAGGGAGUAUUUUAAGCACUACAGGGUUGUAGGGAGGGUAGUAGUGGGAGAGAGGGGGUUAUUCUAAGCAAUACAGAUAGACACCUACACACAGGUACAGUACACUGGGACAGGUCUAUGGACCUGCUAUAAAAACACUGUCUGAAGGAGGGAGGGAAGGAUCACGGGUUCAGGGAGAAGGAGAGGAGGAUGACUCACUACACUGGACAGUAGACUCCUAGUGGUACUGAAGUGGAGGAUUGUGAGAGUGAAUAAGCUCAGAUGCCCAGGAGGAAUACAAGACAAUAUACAUUUAUACAGUAACAGAACACUAGCACAUUCUCCCCUAGAGAAGAACAGGCAGUAUGACUCACUGUCUAAAGCACGUACAAUGACUUUACAGGACUGACUGACUUACAGGACUGACUGACUUACAGGACUGACUGACUUACAGGACUGACUGACUUACA